GUCACUGCUGCAUCAGUACAUACUUCGUUUCGUCUCGCUCUCGCUUUGAGUUUGUGUGUGCGUUUCGAACCGCACGACAUACAAAUACAAGGACGGCAGAUGCGUACGUACCCGGUCGAAUGCAUCGAGGUUGCUGUAGUCCUCUGCACUACAGCUGGGCAUUAGCCGGUGGUGCACAGCUGCAGCAAACACUCCUUGUGCCUCUGCGCCAUUACUGCUCUCGCCUGCAAGCGCGCAAUGGCUCCCGGGUGUCACUGCCCCACCCCACACCUGCCUCAUCAUCUUCUUCGUCCUACUCCUCCUCUGCUUCCCCCACACUCGUUGCGUCGGCGAAUGAUUGUUCGUCUCGCAGGUCUCCACACGCGACAGCACCCGAGUUCGAUGCGGAAAUGCUCGACGCGCUGCUUGCCAUCUCCGUUUCGUUGUACGCAGACGAGGCCCUCGCGUCACCCGUUGCGGCGACUUCCCUUGAUGCGAGAUUUCUGUCCAACACAGCGGACGUUUCAAGAGUUUCCUUGGCAGGCGAUGCGACUGCCACUGCCUUCCAGGCUUCACCGAAUUGCAAUUCAAAGGAAUGGGAUGUGCGGAAAGCGCACGAAGGCGAGGUGGCGGGUCAGCUGCUGCUGCCACAGGACGCGUACGCCUCGGUGGACCCCAGCGAGCUGAUAGACGUCAUGCAGAUGACGGCGUCUUGUCAAGAGGAGACGGCGAGCGCCACGCAGCGGGACCGUUCUAGUCCGUCGAAUUCGUUGCCAGCAGCGAGCUCCUCCUUCCAUGGAGGUGCGGUGGACGCCCACCCCACAUCUUCUCCCCCCGCCCUCACCGCUGUGCUGACCUCUGGUGAGGUGCCGCUGGAGCGUAAGGUGCUGGCCUUGAUGGACACGGUGAGCCACGGCGGUGACGACCGUAGGGCCUGCACAGCAACGAUGCGCAGAGGCCCUCACACACGCGAGGAGGCGAGAAAGCGGAAGAAUGACGGCAGUUUUGAUGUCACAUCGGUCCCCGACGCGUCGUCUCCCCUCACACAGGCUUCCUCGCUCCUGCUGGCUGGGCUCGACAUGAAGGCGGUGCUCAGCCACGGCGAGCUGUCGCGGCGGCACCUGCGCCACCUGUCUCUCACCCGUUGUGACUUUUCGCGUGUGCGGUGGAGUCGCGUGACGGUCGAGGACUGCGAUCUCGCACGUGCCAUCUUUUACCAGGCGGAGUGGUGCGACGUGGUCUUUCGUCGGUGUAACUUUACGGGGUGCCUCAUGAAGGACGUUCGCUGCGGCGGGCACGUGCGCUUUGAAGACUGCGUGUUUCGCCUGGCGGCGGUUGGACUACGCUGUCAUCGAGGUGAGAGUGCCAACGAAACGCCGCUCAGCAACGACGGGAAGGGGAAAGCACGCGAUUUAAUGAACGGCGUUACCAACGACGAUCGCGAUUCGCGCGGCCGCCGAGGUGUGUCUGGCGUGCGUUUUGUACGGUGCGACUUCGACUUGAGUGACUUUCAAAACAGCAACGGCCUGAACGACCCCGCGUCCUUUGCGCAGUGCAGUAACGUGCACCUUGCCUCGCGGUUUCCUCUGCGCGCGCGCGGUGGCGUUUGUUAA